AUGUACCCCUUAGACACGAGUCCUUCUGCCUCCAUUGACGGCCCUAAGAGUGCACAAUCCAUCUCAACUCUCUCGCCAGCAAGCGCCUCAACAUCCUACAAGCCUCUUGCACAUUCUCCCGCUCGUAACGACACUUGGCCAUCCCGACGACGUCCAUCUUGCUCAUCCAUACCCAGCAAGGGUGACACUUGCCAACUACAACCACCAGCAUCCAGCUCAAGCAGCGCACCCCCACUCCCUCUCGCAGGUUACCAGUGUGAAGGCUUUCGAAGACAGCCGGCUCUCUUCCAGCCUGGUUCGGCAGCUUCCACCAAAGGGAACAGUAGUAACAAGCGAGCCAAGAAGUCUCCAGAUGCAGAGUCGAGCAAUGGCGCUCGCCUUAAGACGGAAGCUGAUAGCAGUAAUACCAACGCUUAUGCGGAUAUGCAAGCUUCUGCGCUCGGCCAACCCUCUUUUACCUCGGUGGGUACUGGCGCGCGAAAACAUGGCGCCAUCGGUCAGGAGAGUCUGGAUAUGGCCAAUAGCCUUGCAGAAUUUGCAGGCUUGGCCACCAGUUCUGCUGCUUGGCCGCUCGUGAGCCACGAACAACAGCAUAAGGACGAUAGAGGUGGUUACAGGAAUGGAGCUUCGAGUACAUCGCCCUCGUUCGACUCUUUUGUGCAUCCUUCGUCGAUGUUGCCGCCUUCUCCGCAUCCUUCCCAUCGCCCCGGCCAGCAGCAGCAGCAUCCCGCAUCAAGCCUUCACCAGCCGCACAACUCCAACGUCCCAUCGAUACCCCUGCAAUCACCCAUGAUACCCUGCGAGAUCGUCGGCGACUGUCUCUUUUCCGGCCACCACCUUUGCGCCUCCUGCAGCGCAGUUGCCAAUCGUCUGAUGCAACCUGAUCCAGUACAGCUAGCUGCACUAGACGCAGAUUUGGUUCAAGUGCAACCCAUGCCGAGCCUCUCCACUCCUAUCGCUUCUCGACAUCACUCACCCGCACCGCAUGGCCAAGCUGAUGGCUCGCAUCAGGCUAAUGCAAAGCCAAGGCUAGUGAUGGAGAGUCUGAUCGGAUACUACAGCACUUUGAUCACUUGCUGGACUCAGGGAUGCGAUGUUCGUGGACUCGAAGCCUCGACACUCUUCCGGCAGCUGGUGCCGUACCUGUUGGAGCAAGUGGAUAGACAUCCUUCCCUGAGGCUCUCGAUUGCUGCGUUGACUGCUGGCUAUGUUGGUGGUACCAGGUUGACUUGGCCGAAAGAUGUAGUAGCGAUUCAUCAGUGGGCCAACACGCUUCGAGCAGAUAGAACAAGCAUAACAGACUGCGUAGAAGCGAAUCUUAGCUUCCCCUUCCCAACCACACCAGAUACUAUAUGGUCUGCUUCCCCUGCAAACAGCCUCUCUGAGUCUCAGAGCGGCAUUUCAGCUCUUUCCCCCGCCAACGCAGAACGGCUGAAACGUGCGUCUUCGACCCAUGCAACCUUAGACGACCUUCUCGUGGGUCAAGCGCAAACACUCAAGCAUCUUGCUGUGCGGUCGCUAGAACAGGCUGUUUCCGACUACCGUGCCAAGUUUACCCGCGCGCUUGGGCUGAGCUUUACGGAGAAAGGCUUCCUAGCAGAACUCCGUAACGCCAAUCCGCUGCUACUGGCAGCAAUGAAUAUCGCCAUCUAUGCCUUUGCAGAGGAAGGAAUGGAGUCAUACUUUGAGGAAGCGGCUAGGAUGCGGAACCUGAUCGAUACGCUGUUGGGCAGUUUCCCACCAGUGAACCUGUCGAAGUUGGUCAGCCAUGAACAGUUGGGGUUCAGGACGUAUGUUUGGUCAGAUGUAAGCACGGCGAUUGCCUGUGGUACCAGGCCGCAUCUCCAGUUGGCGCGGUCUAGCUUUGUGAAUGAUGGCGACGGAUUCAGUGUGGAUGCUAGUCUGGGCGAAACGCAAGCAGAUUUGACGUUCAGUCUGCACGAUAUAACGCUCAUUGCGCUAUCGGACAUUGCGAGGCUGAGGUACGACUUUGACGGAGGUGACUUUUCCUUGACUGCACGCCGUGCACCUGGUUCGCCCGUUCCACGAUGGGUUCACGAGAGGGCAAAACGAAUUCAAAGUCGUAUCGAAAACUGCAAGAUCGAAGGCAGCCUUGCAACUGGCUCAGCCAUCUGUGCUAUGAUGACCAAGUCGGCAUGCAUCAUUCUCAUCCACACAUUUAUCUAUCGCGUUGGAGCGCUGCAUCCCGUCAUAAGGCAACUGCUGAGGGGUAUGCUGAAGCUAUGGACCACCGCAGGAGAACAGUACUGCAGAAGCGUCGGGUGUAGUAACUUCAACCUCCCCAUGUUUGUAGCCAGUUCUGUGGCUGUGGAUGAGGAGGAUAGGAAGAUUUGCGAAACUGCUAUGCAGAUCGUAGGGCAUGAAGAAGCAGGGCCUGCAGAAGGGAGAAAGGUAAUCAGGGAAGUUUGGAGGAGGACAGAUAUCACGGGUGUACCUUGCUUUUGGACAGAUUUGAUUGGCAGUGGCGAUUUCGCUGUUGCUUUUUACUAG